GCGGUGCUGUCAGGCUGGUUCGCCGUCUGUGCGGGGCCUUCGCUCCUUCACGCCGUCCCGGGGGAGGGCAGCUCCGGAAUGGGGCUCGGCAGCGGCUUCUUCCCCGCUACCUGCCUCGCCGGUCGUGACCGCCCGGGAAGCCGUUAGUUUUGACUGUUUUCGGCGCCGGUGUCGCUCCGCCCUUCACCGCACUGAGCUAACACUACAAGAAACCCCGGAAGUCCUUGAAACCUAAUUUCUGGAGUGCACACAAGAGACUAUCAAAAUGUCAGGAGCUUCUGUAAAAGUAGCUGUUCGGGUCAGACCUUUUAAUUCCCGAGAGACCAGCAAAGAGUCCAAAUGCAUCAUCCAAAUGCAAGGAAAUUCAACCAGUAUCCUGAAUCCAAAGAAUCCUAAAGAAGCACCAAAAUCCUUCAGCUUUGACUAUUCGUACUGGUCCCAUACCUCGUCUGAGGAUCCUUGCUUCGCCUCUCAAAACCGUGUCUACAAUGACAUUGGGAAAGAAAUGCUACUCCAUGCUUUUGAAGGCUACAACGUCUGUAUCUUCGCAUAUGGCCAAACUGGAGCCGGAAAAUCUUACACCAUGAUGGGGAAACAGGAAGAGAACCAGGCAGGGAUCAUCCCACAGCUGUGCGAAGACCUCUUUGAGAAGAUCAAUGACAACAGCAACGAGGAAAUGUCUUACUCCGUGGAGGUCAGUUACAUGGAGAUCUACUGCGAGAGGGUUCGAGACUUGCUGAACCCCAAAAACAAAGGGAAUUUGCGGGUCCGGGAACACCCACUGCUCGGGCCUUAUGUGGAAGACCUGUCCAAGCUUGCGGUCACUUCCUACACCGAUAUCGCAGACCUCAUGGAUGCUGGGAAUAAAGCGAGGACGGUAGCAGCUACCAACAUGAAUGAGACCAGCAGUCGCUCUCAUGCUGUCUUCACCAUAGUUUUCACUCAGAAGAAACACGAUGCCGAAACCAACCUUUCCACCGAGAAGGUUAGCAAAAUCAGUCUUGUGGACCUCGCUGGGAGUGAGAGAGCCGACUCUACUGGUGCCAAAGGGACUCGACUAAAGGAAGGGGCAAAUAUCAACAAGUCCCUCACCACGCUGGGGAAGGUGAUAUCGGCCUUGGCGGAAGUGGAUAACUGCACCAGCAAGAGUAAGAAGAAAAAGAAAACGGACUUCAUUCCGUACAGGGAUUCUGUGCUGACGUGGCUGCUUCGGGAAAACCUAGGUGGCAACUCCAGAACCGCCAUGGUGGCUGCUUUGAGCCCAGCAGACAUAAACUAUGAUGAAACAUUAAGCACAUUAAGAUACGCAGAUCGGGCCAAGCAGAUCAAAUGCAACGCCGUGAUCAACGAGGAUCCCAACGCCAAGCUGGUGCGGGAGCUGAAGGAAGAAGUCACACGGCUGAAAGAUCUACUUCGCGCCCAAGGGCUUGGGGACAUUAUUGACACAUCCAUGGGCUCGCUCACCGCAUCUCCAUCUUCCUGCUCUCUCAGUAGUCAGGUGGGCUUAACGGCCGUCUCCAGUAUCCAAGAACGGAUCAUGUCCACGCCCGGAGGAGAGGAAGCCAUUGAACGUCUGAAGGAAUCUGAGAAAAUCAUUGCAGAGCUGAAUGAAACCUGGGAGGAGAAAUUGAGGAAGACCGAAGCAAUCAGGAUGGAGAGAGAAGCUCUCUUGGCUGAGAUGGGGGUCGCCAUCCGAGAAGAUGGAGGCACCCUUGGCGUCUUCUCCCCGAAAAAGACCCCUCAUUUGGUGAACCUGAAUGAGGACCCCCUGAUGUCAGAGUGCCUGCUUUAUUACAUCAAAGAUGGCAUAACUAGGGUUGGUCAGGCGGAUGCCGAACGGCGCCAAGACAUCGUCCUGAGUGGAGCUCAUAUCAAAGAGGAGCACUGCAUUUUCCGAAGCGAGAGGAACCCCAACGGCAGCGUGAUCGUUAUUCUGGAACCGUGUGAAUGCUCAGAGACCUACGUCAACGGCAAGAGAGUGAUCCAGCCGGUCCAGCUGCGUUCAGGAAAUCGCAUCAUUAUGGGCAAAAACCACGUCUUCCGCUUCAACCACCCCGAGCAGGCGAGGGCUGAAAGAGAGAAGACGCCCUCGGCUGAGACUCCCUCCGAACCAGUCGACUGGACUUUUGCCCAGAGGGAAUUGCUGGAGAAACAGGGAAUCGAUAUGAAGCAAGAGAUGGAGAAACGGCUUCAAGAGAUGGAGAUUCUGUACAAGAAGGAGAAAGAAGAAGCGGACCUCUUACUGGAGCAGCAGAGGCUGGACUACGAAAGCAAGCUCCAGGCUUUGCAGAAGCAGGUCGAGACCCGCUCCUUGGCUGCUGAGACUACGGAGGAAGAGGAAGAAGAAGAGGAAGAGGAGGUGCCUUGGACACAGCAUGAGUAUGACCUUGCCCAAUGGGCUUUCCGCAAAUGGAAGUUCCACCAGUUUACCUCUUUAAGGGAUCAGCUGUGGGGCAAUGCAGUCUACCUGAAGGAAGGCAACGCCAUUAGCGUGGAGCUGAAAAAGAAGGUACAAUUCCAGUUCGUUCUGCUGACCGACACGCUUUACUCCCCGUUACCUCCGGAGCUGAUGCCCAUCGACUCAGACAAGCCCCGUGGCCAUUGUCCCUUCCCUCGCACGGUGGUGGCAGUAGAAGUCCAGGAUCUAAAGAACGGCGCUACUCACUACUGGUCCCUGGAAAAACUCAGGCAGAGGCUGGAGCUGAUGAGGGAAAUGUACGACCGAGCCGGAGAGAUAGCCUCCGACGCCCAGGAAGAGAACGAGAGCACCAUGACGGGCAGCGAUCCUUUCUACGACCGAUUCCAUUGGUUCAAGCUGGUCGGGAGGGCGUUUGUAUACUUAAGCAAUCUUCUCUAUCCAGUCCCCCUCAUCCACAGAGUGGCUGUUGUCAGCGAGAAGGGAGAAGUGCGUGGAUUUCUGCGUGUGGCCGUCCAAGCUAUAGCUGCUGACGAAGAGGCCCCUGAUUACGGCUCUGGCGUUCGGCAGUCUGGCACAGCCAAGAUCUCCUUCGACAAUGAGUAUUUCGACAAGAGCAACUUUUCAUCCGUGUCCAUGACUCAUUCCGGAUUGUCCUUGGAAGAACUGAGGAUCGUGGAGGGACAAGGCCAGACUGCGGAAGUCAAUACGCCCCCUGAAGAAAUCAACAGGAUGAAUGAGCUGGACCUGAAAUCCAGCACCCUGUUGGAUGGCAAGAUGGCCAUGGAAGGGUUUACUGAGGAGGUUGGGGACCACCUGAAACUGGGCAGUGUCUUUACCUUCCGUGUGACGGUGCUGCAGGCCAGCGGGAUCCUCCCAGAAUAUGCAGAUAUCUUCUGCCAAUUCAACUUUCUCCACCGGCACGAUGAAGCUUUCUCCACCGAACCUCUGAAAAAUAACGGCCGAGGGACCCCGCUUGGAUUUUAUCAUGUCCAAAAUAUUUCCGUGGAAGUGACCGAAUCGUUUGUCGAAUACAUCAAGACCAAACCCAUUGUCUUUGAGGUCUUUGGACACUAUCAGCUCCACCCGCUCCACCUGCAGGGACAGGAACUCAACAGCCCUCCACAGCCAUCCCGGCGAUAUUUCCCUCCUCCCAUGCCUCUCUCGAAGCCAGUCCCAGCCACCAAACUCAACACGAUGAAUAAACCCAGCUUGGGACAGAGCAUGACCAAAUACGAUCUUCUGGUUUGGUUCGAGAUCAGCGAACUGGAGCCGACGGGAGAAUACAUCCCGGCCAUUGUUGACCAUACCGGAGGUCUCCCCUGCCAAGGGACAUUCUUACUUCACCAGGGAAUACAGCGGAGGAUCACCAUUACCAUCAUCCACGAGAAAGGGAAUGAGCUCCACUGGAAAGAUGUGCGAGAGUUGGUAGUCGGGCGCAUCCGGAACAAAGCCGAAGUGGACGAAACGGCCGUGGACGCCGUCUUGUCUCUCAACAUCAUCUCCGCCAAGUACCUGAGGGUUUCUCACAGCUCCAACAGAACUUUCUACCGCUUUGAGGCUGUCUGGGACAGCUCCCUGCAUAACUCCCUUCUUUUGAACCGGGUGACGCCCUACUCUGAGAAGAUAUACAUGACCCUCUCGGCUUACUUGGAGCUGGAUCACUGCAUCCAACCAGCCGUCAUCACCAAGGACAUCUGCAUGGUCUUCUACUCGCGAGAUGCUAAGAUUUCGCCCCCCCGCUCACUGCGGAGUCUCUUUGGACGUGGCUACUCCAAGUCCCCAGAUUCCAACCGAAUAACCGGGAUCUACGAGUUGAGCUUGUGCAAAAUGGCUGACACCGGAAGCCCAGGAAUGCAGAGGAGGCGGCGGAAAAUCCUGGAUACCUCCGUGGCCUACGUCCGGGGGGAAGAGAACCUGGCAGGGUGGAGACCCCGAGGAGACAGCCUGAUCCUGGAGCACCAGUGGGAGCUGGAGAAGAUGGAACUGCUGCAUGAGGUGGAGAAGACGCGUCACUUCCUGCUGCUGCGCGAGAAGCUGGGCGACGGCCUCCCCAAGUCCCUGAGCGACUCGCUCUCCCACAGCCUGAGCAGCAGCACCCUCAGCACCUCCACCAGCAUCUCCUCGCAGAUCUCCUCCACCACCUUCGAGAGCGCCAUCACCCCCAGCGAGAGCAGCGGCUACGACUCGACCGACAUCGAGAGUCUAGUGGAGCGGGAGAAGGAGCUAGCGACCAAGUGCCUUCAGCUUCUUACUCAUUCGUUCAACCGCGAAUUCAACCAGGUCUACAACAGCGUCAGCGAUUGUAAGCUGUCCGACAUCUCUCCAAUCGGCCGGGAUUCUUCAGUCUCCAGUUUCAGCAGCUCCACCCUCACCCCGUCCACCACCUGCCCCUCACUGUCGGAUUCGAGGUACAACUCGGUGGAUCAGAAAACCCCCGAAGCAAAUUCUCGGGCCUCUAGCCCUGGACUGGAGGCAGAACCGUUCCAGCUGACCCCCCCUGCUGAAGUGUCUUACUUGGCAAGAGCCGGGAAAAACGAGUUUUUGAAUCUCGUCCCGGAUAUUGAGGAGAUCCGAGCUGGGUCCGUGGUCUCCAAGAAAGGCUACCUUCACUUCAAGGAGCCACUCUCCCCUUCGUGGGCCAAGCAUUUUGUGGUGGUGCGCCGCCCGUAUGUCUUCAUCUACAAUAGCGACAAGGACCCCGUGGAAAGAGCGAUCAUCAACCUGUCCACGGCUCAGGUGGAAUACAGCGAAGAUCAGCAGGCCAUGGUGAAGACACCAAACACCUUUGCCGUCUGCACCAGACACCGUGGCGUCCUCCUCCAAGCCCUGAACGACAAAGACAUGAGCGACUGGCUGUACGCCUUCAACCCCCUCCUUGCCGGCACGAUACGGUCCAAACUCGCCCGAAGACUCUCCGGACAACUGAAGUACUGAAGGUCCCCGAACGGGGAAUUCUCCACGCAAUUUUUUUAUUUUCUUGCCCAAUCCAUCUCUGGCUCUAAGAUAAAAACCUCCCCUCCCCUCUCGUUUUAUUUUUCUCUGUGAUAACUUGAGUCGCCCCCUUUCCCUUGUACGUAAACACCACCCCCCACCCUCCGUGGCUUAACUUGGCUCACGUCCGGCACUUUCCCUCCAUCCUCUCCUCUCUCGUCUCCCGCUCUCUUUCUC